AUUGGUUGCUAUUUAAAAUGUGGACAUUAACGUGGUUCGCUCUCGCGCUGUCCUUGCAGGUCUAUUUAAAGGCCCCUAUGAUCCUGAACGGCGUGUGUGUGAUCUGGAAAGGCUGGAUCGACCUACAAAGGCUGGAUGGGAUGGGAUAUCUGGAAUACGAUGAUGAAAGGGCACAGCACGAGGACGCGCUGGCUCAGGCCGCGUUCGAAGAGGCUCGACGCAGGACGAGAGACUUUGAGGACAGAGAGCGAUCGCACAGAGAGGAUCUAGAGUCCAGACGACAGCAGGACCCCAGCCCUGGCUCAAACAUGGCCAACGCUGACAUGGAACACAAGAUGCGCUGAGGAGGAGGAAGUUAUGCAAGGAGGAAGAGUCGAGAACCCGUGCCGGCUGUCCAUUCACUUUCAAUGCAAUCAACUGAAAAAGAGUUGAAUGAAACUGCAGUUGUAGAUCAGUUGUUUCUAACGAUGAAGGCUUCGCGUGAUCAUUUCAACAUGCGACUCGUUUUGUGGUUUUCAAUAUUUGAAUGUAGAUGAAAAUUGAUUGAAUUGAAAGUGAAUAAAAACCCUCGAAAAAAGGGCCGAGGACACAAAGGACCUGGGCAAAAAGUAGUUAUAUGAAUAUUUAAAUGUUGAACACGAGCAGUUAAUGUUACAGGAUAUUGUAGAUGUGACACAGAUGUCAUUCAGAUUUAAAAGCUUUAAUAUUUUUUGUCCAGGUCUGAAAGAAAAGCGAUGGAUAGGGCUAGUUUUGCAUACCAAAAUGUAUUUUCUAUUACUAUUACUGUUAAAAUAGAGCAAGAGUGGUUGUCAGAGGGCUUUAAUGUCAUUACGGGGGAGGGAGGGCAGAAGCUGAAGGAAGCAGUUAAAGAGUUUGUUGUGGCCUGAGGUCACAGCUUACCAGCAUCAAAGGUGUUGGAAAACAUUUAAAUAAUUAAAAAAAAGGUUUCUGCAUUGUUCAGUGUUGUGCAACACUUAAUAUUUGUUAGCAUGCCCUUGUUUACCCCGACUAUCCCUAGCUCACGUCCUAAAGCCUGCUGUUUUCUGAGACCAAAGUUCACUUUGCUGGAAAGGGGAGGGAGGGGGGCGGCAGGGUGGGAAUAAAAGAAGAGGGAAACUUUUUUUUUUAAGAUAAUUUUGCCAGGCUCUAGGGUUUAACAGCAUUUGCUGUACUGUAAUGUUAAUUAUCUAUGAAAACAUCACUAUCAUAAGAUACCUGUGAUGGUGAAAUAACAGGUAGCAACAAUCUGAAGGUAAGACAACAACAAAUGUGCUACAGUAUCAGUGGCUCGGGAAGCAACUGGGAAAACUGUGUUUUUCUGGAGAGGGUUGGUCAGUCCGUGUGUCUUUUGUCUUCCAAGGGUUUGAUUGAUGGUGAUACAAUCAGUCUUGGUCUUUCUUUAGAUGCAUGAAACCAAACACAGGCCUGCCUAUGCUCGUUGUUGUUCCCCACGUGGCCCGUCUAUCAUCAGAGCAAUCGUUAGUGAUUCAAAACUAUGUCAUCAUAGUGCUCAUCCCAGCAGGAGCACACCCGGAAAGACACAAAGGAUCUGUGUCCUUAUAGGACUUUUCAGAUUUUCAAACCAAAUGUCGCCCGUAUGAACGAUUUUUUAAAAAAGGGGUCGCCGUCUAAUGAAUCAGAUGUAUCUCUGAAAUCUGGGAUUUUUUCUUCUUCUAUUGGUUCAUAAAAGUUGAUGAUGAUGAUAAAAGAUAUAUUAUAUAUAUUGGAGACAUGUGGUUUUCCUCAGUGAGCAUCUGUCUGAUCCAUAACAGUUAUAUAAUCCAUCCAUCCAGAUCUGUCACCCAGAGAUUCCUCAUCAGAAAAGGACAAUGAAACCUAAAUGCAGUCUAGCAUCCCGUGUCCUGUUACAGCGUGACGAUGUUUUUUGUUUGUUUUGUUAUCGUUUUUGUUUGUGUGAAAGUCAUGAUGUUUACUUUUUAUAUUACUUCUCACUUCUGUAUAUGUACUCGCUUUUGUUCAGCUUUCAGCUUUCUUAUGAAGCAGCAGCGGCUGCUGUAGGCUUUUCCAGAAAUUUGGGAUGUUUGAGGACUUUGAUGGAUUUAUUUUCCACAUGUUCUUUUAUUAAUGUUAUUAUUUUUAUUGCAUUUGUUGUUAUUUUAUUUUAGUUUUUUUUUUUUUAAAUCCACUUCCUGGGUUAAAUACAUUGACUGUGGAUUAACUUAUGUCCUGUUACCAGGCAACAUAUUUUUUUAUUUUUUGCAGCUGAAAGUUUAUUUCAGUUUCCAAUGUAUUUUAAAUUUAGUACAGUCAACGGUUUCAUUAUAAUUAUUAUAACCAAGAAAACUCUUUGUUCCUGCCUUUCUUUCUUCUCAUUGUUAGCAGUUGUGUCGAGAUUGACAUAAAAUUAGAAAACUCUUGUUUUUGUACAUUUAAAGCCACGUUUGUAACAUUUUACAUGAUGUUUUGAAGUAAUGUUGUUGCUAAGAAAUGAUAGUUUAAAUUAAAAUAAAAAGAACAAAAAUUUAAACUCAAACAACGAAAAGAGACUUGAUGAAGUCGUACGUUAUUUUUAAGUUAAGGCCUCGGGAUCUUAAAAUGAUGAAGGACUUGUUUUUAAUCAAAACUUCACAGAGAGUCCAUCCUCUGUUUCCCCUUGCUUCAGGUAAAACAAAAAACUACAUUCUGGUUUUCAGAUAUACAUGAAAGGAUUUAAUAAUGUUAACCUAAGGUUUUUUGUCUUCCCCCCCCAUUGGAGAAUAUUGAGAGCACAGAGAAAUGCUUACCUUAGUCUCCUCAUACCCUCCAAAGUCAGCUGGCCUUGUGACUCAGUGCUUAAUAAGUUCAGGAACGUGGAAAAUAUAUGAUCUGUCUGAGGUUACCUUCAGUGGGAUAAGUGGUGGAUUAUGUUGUCUGGGUUUAGCUCGGUGUUAUGUUGAAAAGUUGAGACAUAGCAAUCAGAUGCCACUGAAGACUUUGAAUAGGCUGAGUGGACGAAGGGACAGAGUGAGGUAAUUGAAUGUGCAUAUAAGGCAGGUUGUACCAUAAGAUGGGGUUAAAGUGAUGCUGGUUUGAAGUGUUCAUACUUUUACAUGAAUGCUAGCUGAGGUUUUAAUGGGGCUGCAGCCAGUCUUGAAAAUUUCAGGAUAAAGGAAUUUGAUUUCAUUCAGUGUGAGCGAUGGUAAAAAUGGCAUUUUCAUCAUUUUUUGAUGGAAAUUGAGCAUUAAUGAACCGGUACCGCACAAUGAAGGGGUAAGAAGUAGGUGUUAAAAGCAGAAUGGUAUGAGGCAUUUUCAACAAGGUUGUGUUUUUGUAAAUUGAUGCAUGUGUACCAAAUUUGGAUAAAGCAUUCUGUGAUAAAUGUGGGAUUUCUUCCACAUGGUCAAAUCUGAAAUUAUAUAUCUGUGGAUUUUAACAGUGUCCUCAGGUAAAGAAAAAUUAGCCAGAUAAAGACUGGAACUUCAUAACCAAGUCAAAGAUUUAGGUUGUAUUUAGUGAACCCUCAUCAAAUUAUAACCACGCCUCAGGUGGAGUCCAUCCCUCAGUUUUCUUAAUGCAGGCAUUAAGGCAAACCAUAAAACAUUUUUUCUUCUUCUUCUUUUUUUACCUAAACUGUUUAUGUUCUUAGGUGUUUAACUUAUUUAUACUUACAACAGCUCUGUGAUAUUUAACAGCUUGGGCAUACUUUCAGUUUCUCCUGCCUGCUUGUGGUCUAUGUUUCCCUCUCUUUUAGGGUUGAGCUUGUCCUCCCAAAGAAAGUAUGAGAUACUCAAUUUAAAAUGUUGGAUGUUUUUCAGAAUAAACCUGUAUUAAUUCUUUGA